AUGGAUUAUAGAUUCAUAAUUCUCGGGCUUUCGGUGUCAGUUGCUUUUCUGCUCUGCAGUGGGGCAAGCCCGGCAAAAAUGACAAAUGCUGUCUGCAAGUCGUACAACAAAUCGUGGGUAGCCGUUCACUAUUGCCGCCUGAAGGCCUAUUCCCGGAACAAGACCAGCUUGGAUAUAAAUGCCACGUUUAUAGAGCCAGCCUAUCAUAUAUCCGUUCACUUGAAGAUGAUGAAGAAGGCCAAUGGCUAUAAGCCGUUUCUUUUUGACUACACCAUCGAUGCCUGCGAGUUUAUGAGAAGGCGAAACCAGCCCUUUGCCAAGAUCAUCUGGAAUAUGAUCAAGGAUGUGUCUACGAUCAACCACACCUGUCCCUAUAUGGGCUUGCAAAUGCUAUCUGAUUUUUAUUUAAUACAGUUUCCUGUUCAACUUCCGACCGGAGAAUACCUUCUCCUAAUAGACUGGCUCUUUGAUGGGAAGCCGCAGUUCGCUACAAAUGUUUACUUCACAUAUGUUGAGGACUUAUUUACUAAGAAACCCACUCGGCGAAGCAGGUGA